CCUGGAUUGUGCGAGUUUUCCAGUUCUCCCGUCUGCGCCUUCCAGCGAGCGCGCCCGUGCCGAUUGCCAGCGCCGCUAAGCUGACCGAGGCCAUGCGCAAUCUCAAGCAUCACUCGCAGGACGUGAAGAAGGCAGAGAAACGUUUGAGGAACAUCGGGGAGGAGGCGACGUCCGAUAACGUGCAGCUGUGGUUGGCCUUGCGGGAACUGGGUUUCAAGCGGGCGAAGAAGUCUGAGUUCGAGGGCGCUAAAAACAAACUUGUCAGCGAGAAGACGAACAGGAUUGCCAACGAGUGCUGGUUGGUGCACAAGCACAAUAAGCCAGACCUGCAAACAGAGAUCGGUGCGGAGUUCUUCUUGUGCCCCGAGGGUUUGCCGAACCUGCCAAAGGGAUUGGACCCGUCGAAAGUGUGGAUCGUGGACAAGUGCAUCCCUCUCGAAAAGCUCGGCGCUGGUGUCAUGACGUGGGAGACCGCGGUGGGGAAUCGCCUGUCUGUGCGGCCUUCGCAGGAGGGCGCUCCAGCCAUGGAGGGCGGCCCUGCGCCUGGCUCGCCAAGGGGCGACGGUGCGGACAGCGAGCUGUGCCCGCCAGAGAAGAAGAGGCCGCGCCUGCAGAGACGCGAUUCAGACCCAGGCAGGGCGUGCACCAUGGAUAAGAUAGCGCAGCGAACGGCAGACUGCAUCGAGAAGAAGCAGUUUCGGAGCUCCGAUUUGCCCCGCAGUGAUACGGUGGAGUUCUGGACGAGGAGUUUGGUCAAGCACGUGGAGACAGCAGGCGCGGGGCCAUUCCCGGAGCACUUCAGCAAUUGCGUGAAGGGCGUGGUGAAGGCGUUCCGCGCGCUACAGUCGCGGACCGCGAUGGCCGCGCAGAAGGGCGAUGUGCCAGAGGCCUCCGAGGCGAAGCUCCAAGCUUUCCUGACGGGGGCG